CGAUUCCACUGUUCAUCUUCAUCCCCCAUUUCCAUUUCCAUGGAGGUUGUUGAUUUAAAGGUUUGCUUGCAUUGCAAGUCAUGCGAAAAUUCGAUUCGGAAAACUCUUUGCAAAAUCAAAGGAGUAAAAUGUGUGGAAACGAAUAGAGCUCUAAACAAGAUCACAGUGUUGGGUUACGUGGAUCGUAAGAUAGUCAUCAAAGAGGUACGAAAGACGGGUAGAAAGGCUGAGGUGUUGGCAUCGUCGUCAUGCCACCGCCCCUCAACACCACGCCGGAGGAGUGGACGAGCAGCAACUGCUUUCAAAUGCAUAAUGCCAUCUUGUUUUGUCUUAAAAGUUUCUAGCUAGGGUAAAUAUAUGAUCUUGUCUUUGAUGUUUAUAUCAAUUUGCAUUUAAA